CCUGAGGCGUGGAACAGGUAUAGAGCGCGAGUGCGUCGUUGACCGACUCUUGCCAUCCGAUUCUCUGCGUCGAUGUUUCAGUAUCAGCUGUUGCCACAAAGCAAUGAAUGUUGGCUAGUCAUCAUUCUUGUCAGUCUAGGUUUGAUCGGGAUAUCAACAUCAACCACCAAUUCGUACAAUAGCACUAUCACAGAUCAACUUUCGGUUCAAUGUAGACGUCCUAGGAGCCAACCGGCUACAAGCAACGAAGUCGCAUUUUUCGCCAACGAAUCGGUUUUAUUCUGGUGUCGCACACCGUGGGAAAGCAUGUCAGAAAAGGUCACGUGGUCAAUAAAUGAGCGACCUAUCGACGAGUCCGAUUGUCCACCACAUGCUGAUUCUCAUUGCGCCAUUUUGGAAUUCGGUAAGCAUCUGCGCAUAAACGAUUUGAUGCCUAACGACGCGGGAAACAUAAAAUGUCACACGAAUGGCAGAUCCUCCCCAUUUCUAGCCAUAACGGUAACAGAUCCGACAGUUCAAAGUGGGCCGGCCAUCCUAGCUCCAUGGAAUCAAACGGCGGUCGUUGGGUCAAAUGUAAGCAUCGUUUUCAUCACCAAGUACGCGGAUGUUUUCAUAUUUUGGAGAGACGAUCCGCACCAUGUCAUUCAAACAAGCGUCGGAAACACUUACGAAAACAGGAUGGAUGGAAAUCUUCACGUAAUGAACGUGAGCAAGGCAGACGAAGGAAAGUAUACGGUGAAAGCACUGAACAGCCACACGGGCCAAACAAGACAAGCAUCUAAAUACCUCAGAGUCUACGAAAAGUCAAAGUCUGCUCAAUCAAACCACAACCCUGAACCAUCUGAGACGAUAAAGCUUACCGGUGUAACAACAACUACCACUAAUCGAGACUCUCAAGAAAGUUCUAUUGAUAUCACCGAGUCUAUCAUCUUUUCAAGUGACUCUUCUGUUCCCUUUGAUCUACAGCAAGCAGGUGGUCAACAACGUGACAACAGGAUUGUCACCAUUGUGAUAUUCUCACUGCCAAGUGGAAUACUAAUGAUCAUUGUAACAAUGAUAAUAGCUACUGUUUACUGCCACAGACGAGUAAAUGUGGUAGAAAAAACAGUGAUUGAUACAAAUCAUAUUGUGAUUGAUACAAAUCAUAUUGUCAGAAAUGGAAAGAACAACUCGCAAAGCCAAGUAAAUGAGGCAGUAGAUAUGAUGGAUGAUAUUUCGAGAAUCAUCGAUCCUGCAGCACCGUUGCCCUCUGCUUCUGCAUCAUCAAUUGGCAACAAUCAAGAAGAGUAAGAAACACUGUGUGUGCAUACCCUGUAUAACCAUGGCUGGGUCGUGAGCAGUUUGAAAACACUUUACAUGUGCAAAAUGGCAACAAUGUGAUUGGUUAUAGGACUGUUAUACCACAUGUUAUCUAAGUACUUGUCAGACGACUAUGAAAUCAAUGCACCAGCAAUGUUAAUAUAACAACAGUGAC